CAUACUUUGAUGAUGGAGUUAAGAAUGGAAUCAAAUGAUGAAAACCCAGGGCCAAAGGAGACACCCGGGCCUUCCUUCCGCACAAAUCUACACAAGUUUAGCAAAAUGGAAAAUGAACAUGCAGAUGCUUUCAGAGGUGUUAGCCGUAAGCCAGGCCUGCAGAUAUGGACCAUCAACAACAUGAAGAUGGUGCCUGUUCCACCCCAAGGCUUUGGCAACUUCUUUGAGGGAGACUGCUACAUUGUGCUUUAUAUAAAUCAGAGCCGAAACUCAGGGCAGACAGCCGACAUCCACUACUGGGUCGGGAACUACUCCUCCCAGGAUGAGCAGGGUGCGGCUGCCAUCUAUGUGACCCAGCUGGAUGAGUAUCUGGGCGGCAGUCCGGUCCAGCACAGGGAGGUGCAGGGCAGUGAGUCUUCCCGAUUCAAGAGCUACUUCAAAAAUGGCUUAAUCUACAAGAAGGGUGGAGUGUCAUCAGGCUUCCACCACGUUGAGACCAAUUUCUACAACAUUUUGCGGCUGCUCCAUGUCAAAGGGAGGAAGCAUGUCACCGCCAAAGAGGUGGAGGUAUCCUGGAACAGCUUUAACAAUGGUGAUAUCUUCCUGCUGGAUGUGGGCAAAGCCAUUGUGCAGUGGAACGGCCCACAGAGCAACAGGCAGGAGAAGCUCAAGGCAGUCCUGUUGGCCCAAGACAUCCGGGACAGGGAGAGAGGUGGUCGGGCUCAGAUUGGGAUAGUGGAAGGACAAUAUGAGGAAGACUCUCCAGAAUGGAUGAGGAUCAUGAACGGGGUGCUAGGACAGAGAACCUGGCACCUAAAGGAGGCCAUUCCUGAUGAUCCUGAGCUGACACCAAAUGGCAACGUCAGGCUGUACCAUGUGUCAGAUAACAGCGGGAACCUUUUGGUUCAAGAGAUGGCUACGCAGCCUCUAACUCAAGACCUGCUGCGCUCCACUGAUUGUUACAUUGUGGAUCAGGGAGGCUCCUGUGUGAUGGUGUGGAAAGGCAGGAGGGCCUCCAAGGAGGAGCGGCAGGCUGCUCUGAGCAGGGCAGUGGGUUUUAUCAAAGCCAAGAGCUACCCGCCCAACACCAAAGUGGAAGUGAUGACUGAGGGAGGAGAAUCUGCCAUGUUUAAGCACCUGUUCAAAUCCUGGAGAGAGAAAGGCCAAACUCAGGGUCUGGGCACCACCUACAGCUUGGGAAACAUAGCCAACGUCAGCCCAGUGAAAUUUGAUGUAAUGGAACUCCAUGCACGUCCUGAAGUGGCAGCAAAGCAGCGCAUGGUAGACGAUGCUUCUGGAGAUGUUCUGGUGUGGCGUAUCGAGAACCUGGAGCUGGCUGAGGUGAGCCGCAGCACUUAUGGACAGUUUUAUGGAGGAGAUUGCUACCUGGUGCUGUACACAUACGUGAAAUCACACCAGCAGCAGUACAUACUCUACAUGUGGCAGGGCCGCCAUGCAACUCAAGAUGAGAUCACAGCUUGUGCCUACCAGGCUGUCAAUGUUGAUGGCAAGUACAACGGAGCCCCCGUGCAGGUCAGGGUGGUCAUGGGAAAGGAACCUCGCCAUUUCCUGGCUAUUUUCAAAGGCAAACUCAUCAUUUUUGAGGGUGGCACGGGCCGGCGUGGUGUGGUCAACCCUGAACGCGGCGCCAGGCUCUUCCAGGUGAGAGGGACCGAUGAGCUGAACACCAAGGCCACCGAGGUGCCGGCGAGAGCCUCCUCUCUCAACACCAAUGAUGUCUUCCUGCUGAAGACUGACCACAUGUGCUACCUGUGGUAUGGAAAGGGCUGCAGUGGUGAUGAGAGGGUGAUGGGGAGAGCGAUGUCUGAUGUGCUGUCCAAGCAGGACAAGAAGGUGGUGAUGGAGGGCCAGGAGCCCACUGAAUUCUGGAUUGCGCUGGGAGGAAAGGCUCCCUACGCCAACGACAAGAGGUUGCAGAGGGAGGAGCCUCUUCACAGUCCUCGGCUGUUUGAAUGCUCCAAUCAGACGGGCUGCUUCCGAAUGACAGAGGUGGAUGACUUUGCCCAGAGCGACCUGGAUGAGGAGGAUGUCAUGCUGCUGGACACCUGGGAGGAGAUUUACUUGUGGAUUGGAAAAUCAGCCAACCAUUCUGAGACAAAAGAUGCCCAUGAUUAUGCACUAGAGUACCUCAGGACCCACCCAGCGGGCCGUGACCUUGACACACCCAUCUUCACUGUCAAACAGGGAUAUGAGCCACCCACUUUCACUGGCUGGUUCUACGCAUGGGACCCCCAUAAGUGGAGUGGAGGCAACUCCUAUGAGGAGAUGAAAAAAAAGCUGGCUGAUGCAGCAUCUGUCUCACAGAUCACAUUUGACCUGAAUAACACAGACCUGAAUAAGACCCCUGCUGGAUUUUGGAGGGGUGAGGCUUACAGAGCCCCAGGGGGCCCUGUAAACUCCCCUCCACUCUACAGGCACCACAAGGAGAGCCUGUCCCCCUGGGUCCACAGCCCCACCAGCCCACUCAACCAGAGAGCCCAGUCCUCUCUGUCUGUCACCCUGUCGCCUCCCUUUGUGAUCACUUCAUCUCCCUCAGCUGGUGGCACCAUGUCCCCCCCUGCUGGAGGCUUCAAUCACUAUCUGGACCCGGAGGUCCUCGUCAACAAGUCUCCCAGUCAGCUGCCUUAUGGCGUGGACGCCAGUCAGAGAGAGGCCUACCUGUCUCCUGUGGAUUUUGAGACCCUGCUGGGGACGACCCGCUCAGAUUUCCAACGUCUGCCAAAGUGGCGGCAGGAUGACCUGAAGAAAAAGGCAGGGCUUUUCUGAGAAGAAGAAGCAUUUGGUUUGGGUGAUGGGGAACUCUAGGGAUAAUCUUUUGUUUAUCUGAGCUAUCAAACUUCUGUAGAAUUACAUGCAAACAAGCUCUCAAGCAAAGUUUGUGGCAUUGUUAACAAUUGUUGAGAGCGACUGAGACAAUGACCAUACAGUCUUCAGUCCAACUGCAAUGUUUUUUUUUUUUUGUUUGUUUGUUUUUACAUAACCAACCAAACUGUACACCCAAUUAAAAUAUAUAACAUCAUGAUUAAUAAUGUAAACACAAAUCCUAUGACUAUAACCUAUAUUCAUUUAUAUUCCAAAAAAGGUUUUCAAGUGUGCUUUUUUUUUUUCUUUUCUUCAGUUUUGUUUUGAAUAUUUGAUGCUGAUGAUGCAGCGAUCAAACGGGUUCAACAUGUUUCUGUCAACUGCCAUGGCAAAAUCACUUACAGUACAAAUAAACAAAC